UAACAAUAACUGGUUUGCAAACCAUGACACAAAAUGCUAUAACUAUAUACGAAGCAUAAAAAUAUCUAACUACAUUGUUCUAACAUUUACUUCAUAAAUAAUAAUAAUAGUCAUCAGAACGCUUAUUAAUUAUAUAUUCACGACAUGAUUGUACAAAUUUAACAUAACUCAUGUUGGGGUCCCAAUCCCUAGGUAGUUUGUUCCAAAGUUUAACUGCUCGAUAAUGUAUCGAUUUUUGUGCAAACGUAUAAGAUGGGACGGUCAAUAGGGGCCAAGUACGCCUCCCUGAAGACGAACUAAUAGAGUGCAAAAGUUUUUUAAACGCAUAUUUGUACAGAAAUAAGUCACGACGUUCUUUAAUUGACAGGAGAUUGAACUGCGUUAAUAAAUCAUUCACGUUAAUUGAUUGCUUAUUUAACUUAAACCGCGUGUUUUUCCGGUAUCGAUACUUUUUUGCUAGAGAAGGAUAAAGGAUAAAUAAUCCUUUUACUGAAUUCAUGUACUUAUAUGUCUCAGACUUCAUGAAGUGUACCCCAAUUUUUUAUAAAAGCGGAUCUUUGAAGUCGAAUUUGUCAUUACACUUCAACAAUUCUAAACUGCAGACAUAAAUAAAUCCGAAGAAUAAAUUUUCAAAGAAUCUGAAUCUAGAAAACAAACAUGGUUUCCUACGAUCCAGAAAUCUACCGGAAUGUUCCCCUGCUUCCACUAGUAAUUCCAAAACUAGAGCGUCUCAACAUUUCCGACAUCUUGGGCACGGUGGGUCGUGUCUUCGUAAAGCAUGGAGUUUUCUCCGAUUUCGGGUUUCUCGUCGCCCAUCGCCACUUCGAUCUGGAUUCUGACGAGAUUUUAGUGGACUUUGACUCAUCCGAUGGCCAGAUUAGUGUUGCUCUGCCUUGGAAAUUUCAUUCAAAAGUGAACAAGGUGCAAGGCCCGGGCAAUCUGGAUCAUUUUGAAUCAUUCGGACUCAGCCGGGACAACAAGGGGGCGACUUCCGUUCUGGCAAUGACGUGGGCAUUUGAUUCUGACGGAGACAUUCAUCCCUUCGAGUUCGAGAUGCGAGGAGAUGGGGAAACUUCCCACCGGGAACCACCCCCACCGGCAUUUGUGGCCGAUUUAUUCGCAACUCUGAAGCGUCUUGGUGUCGAAAAUAUUUUUGGACUUCGCCGUUGUGCCCCCAAAUUCUGGGAAACUACGGAUGACGCCAAGCGAGCCAAUAUUUCCCACUUUGGUGACGUCCCCAUUCCACUGGAGUUGCGCGAUAAGAUGAAAGUCAUCUAUUGGUCAUUUAAUGCUACAGGGGAAAGCAAGGUGAAUGGUAUCUGCGUGGGCUGCACCUGUUCCGCCCACGGAGACGGAAAUUCUUGCAAUUGCAAGUAAAUUUAACAAUUUUGAACUAUUUCAUAAUAAAGGAACGGUUAUAAAGUUGGAAAUUUUGACGAAAUAAAAUGAAAUUGUUUUUUUCCUUUGUUUGAAGAAAUA